GCCGGCGGUCUGAGCUCUGCGAUCCCGGCACGGGCGAGGCGGGCAAGGCGCGCGGGGUGCGCGCCGCGGGAGCGAGCCUGGGCGAGCGCCGGGCAGCGGAGACUGUCGCCGGCCGCCAAGGUUCCCAGCAAGACUGCACAGAGGACCCUCUUGGCUGAAGUGAUGGAGGGGGGCCCAGCUGUCUGCUGCCAGGACCCUCAGGCAGAGCUGGUGGAGCGGGUGGCAGCCAUUGAGGUGGCCCACUUGGAGGAGGCAGAUGGUGACCCAGAGCUUGCCAGGAACGGUGUGGACCCUCCACCACGAGCCAGGGCUGCCUCCGUGGUCCCUGGUAGUGCUUCAAGACCACCUCCAAUCCGGCCCAGCCUCUCAGCUAGGAAGUUCUCCCUACAGGAGCGGCCAGUGGGGAGCUACCUCCAGGCCCAGGCUGGACCUUAUGCCACGGGGCCUGCCAGCCACAUUUCCCCACGGUCCUGGCGGAGGCCGACCAUUGAGUCCCACCAUGUGGCCAUCUCAGAUGCAGAGGACUGUGUGCAGCUGAACCAGUACAAACUGCAGAGUGAGAUUGGCAAGGGUGCCUACGGCGUGGUGAGGCUGGCCUACAAUGAGAGUGAAGACAGACAUUAUGCAAUGAAAGUUCUUUCCAAAAAGAAGUUACUGAAGCAGUAUGGCUUUCCACGUCGCCCUCCCCCAAGAGGGUCCCAAGCUGCCCUGGGGGGACCGGCCAAGCCACUGCUGCCCCUGGAGCGGGUGUACCAGGAGAUUGCCAUCCUGAAGAAGUUGGACCACGUGAAUGUGGUCAAACUGAUCGAGGUCCUGGACGACCCAGCUGAGGACAAUCUCUAUUUGGUGUUUGACCUCCUGAGAAAGGGGCCGGUCAUGGAAGUGCCCUGCGACAAGCCCUUCCCCGAGGAGCAAGCUCGCCUCUACCUGCGAGACAUCAUCCUGGGCCUUGAGUAUUUGCAUUGCCAGAAGAUCGUGCACAGGGACAUCAAGCCGUCCAAUCUGCUCCUGGGGGAUGACGGGCACGUGAAGAUUGCUGACUUUGGCGUCAGCAACCAGUUUGAGGGCAACGAUGCACAGCUGUCCAGCACUGCCGGGACUCCAGCGUUCAUGGCCCCCGAGGCCAUUUCUGAUUCCGGCCAGAGCUUCAGUGGAAAGGCCUUGGAUGUGUGGGCCACUGGGGUCACGCUGUACUGCUUUGUCUACGGGAAGUGCCCAUUCAUCGAUGACUACAUCCUGGCCCUGCACAGGAAGAUCAAGAGUGAAGCCGUGGUGUUUCCUGAGGAGCCAAAGGUCAGUGAGGAGCUCAAGGACCUAAUCCUGAAGAUGCUAGACAAGAAUCCUGAAACAAGAAUUGGGGUGCCAGACGUCAAGUUGCACCCCUGGGUGACCAAGAAUGGGGAGGAGCCCCUUCCCUCGGAGGAGGAACACUGCAGCGUGGUGGAGGUGACUGAGGAGGAGGUGAAGAACUCAGUCAGGCUCAUCCCCAGCUGGACCACAGUGAUCCUGGUUAAGUCCAUGCUGAGAAAGCGCUCCUUUGGGAACCCAUUUGAGGCCCAGGCACGGAAGGAAGAGCGGUCCAUGUCUGCUCCAGGAAGCUUGCUGACGAAAGAAGGGUGUGGCGAAGGGGGGAAGAGCUUGGAGCUCCCUGGUGUCCAAGAAGACGAGGCUGCGUCCUGAGCCCCCGCAUGCGCCCAGGGCCACCGGCAGCACACUCAUCCUGCGCCUCCCAUGGCCCACCGCCCUCACGCCGACAGCCACCCUUGCGAGCAGGGGGCUGGGGUCUGUGGCCCUGCUCCUGGCCCUCCCUCCCCCUGUUGUGCUGCAUGCCCCCCAUGCGAACGCCCAGGGGCAGGAUUGGAAUGUGUGCUAUCUGGGGUUGGGGGCCAGGCGAGGGCAGCAGGGCCUCCCGCAAGGCCCCUCUCCUCAUCCUGUGGGGGAACUAGGUGCCCUGGUGUCUCAGGAACCCUAGCAGUGGUCAAGGUCCAGGGGGAGGAGGCUGGAAACCAAGAGGGCAGGUGGAGGCCCCGCUUUCCCCUACUGCAGAGACCUCCAGCUGGAGGCCGGCGGACCUGGUUCGGCUGCCACACACACACAGAGGGAUGUUCCCUGCCCACCUCAAGGCGGCGAGGCCUGAGCUCCUUGUCUACUGAGAACGCUGGAGUGGAGGACCUGACCCCUCAAUGGAGAUUCCAGGGCCUCGCUGGGGAGGGGAACGGUGUUGGAGAAUUCAGAUUUCCUUCUUUGUUGUCUUUUACUUUUGUUUUUAACCUGAGGGUGAAGCCCUGCUUGGGAACGUCUACUGAGCUUUCCUACAGCUGUGGGUGGUUCUCAGCGCACACAUGCGCACACACACACGGACCCCACCCCCAAGUGGACUGGACUGAGCUUCCCGGAUUGUGAUUUGCACUUGGUACCAUCCAGAGACCAGGCUGAACUGAAUCAAGCGUGCCACACCUCCCUCGCCCACUCCCUCCCUCCUUGCGUUGCUCCCCAGAGCCCUAACUGCAGAAGAGACAGGGACUCUGACACUGACUGAGGGCCGAGACACAGGGCUGGGGCCUCUACCUGCUGAAGUAACUGGAAUCCCACCCCCAGUCCUACCCUGGCCUACCCAUCUGGCCCUGGAAGCUGCCCUACGUUCCCACAAUGAAGGACCAUCUGCCUAGGUCAGAAGCAGCACUGGUAGUGGGACCCAGGACCCUGGAGGGUGGUGCACGCUGGCCGGUGGCUGUGGAGAAGUGGGCCUCGGCGCCAGCUGCCUCCUCCCUGGGCCAGGCAGCACUUGGCCUGCUCAGAGCUGUGCUGCUCCAGUGUACGUGCCGACACAGCCAUUCUGGAGCAGACAUCAUCUUCUCUUGGGGAGCGGUGCCUGGCUCAGCAUUUACUGACCAAAUGCUCAUAGAGGUUGACCUCCAAAGGAAGAUAAAGCAAGAUUCAGCCCCUUCCUCUGGAUACAUGGACCCAACAAGGGACUUCAGCCACCUGCCCGCUCACCCAGGUUUUGUACUGCAGGAGGGAAGGGCGGCCAGGCUGGAGGAGUGGCUGGGGCCUGUCUCCCUCAGGCUGCCUGCCUCAUCUGUGCCUGUGGGUGUCCGUUGCGCCUCCACGCACAUGCGCGUGCAUGCCCAUCUGCUGCACACAGCACACGCAUGUCUUGCACUGGUACAUGCAACUGUAAUAUAGGCUCUUUGUCUGUUUAAGGCUA